AUGCUCGUCCUUUCGAAGACACCUAGUUGGAGAACGCGUGGUCUCAACGCUGCUACGCAGCUUACAGGCCUCGACUUCACCAUUGCUCCCCAACCACCAGUCGCGAAGUUGUCAAUCGAGACCUUCCGCAAGAUGGGUUCAGUCGGCAAGACAACGCGCCCGGAGCCCGGCUCGGCUGCAGCAUGGCUAGCACAUCUUGAAACGGCGCUGAUUCUCGAGGACGAUGUGAACUGGGAUCUGCGCAUUAAAGAUCAGAUGCGGCUCGUUUCAGAUAACGUUCGUGCCUUCGGCCGCAGCUACGGUAAGACUGGGCACCAGCUGGUCAGCGAUUUGGACGAUAGCACACCUUAUGGCACAGGCUUGGACGUGCUAUGGGUUGGACACUGCGGCUCAUUGAGCCAUAAUCAGAAUGGUCAUGAUGAGAACCACAGAAGACCCGUGUACUAUAUCGAUCCAACGAGGCCCACGAAUCAGCAAUAUUAUGGAUGGGCACGAGACUUUGUCAUUAACGAGGUUCCUCAGGGCCGGCGAGCCGUACAUGAGUCUCGCAUGACAAAAUGCACUUUCGCAUAUGCAGUGUCACAGAAGGGCGCGUACAACUUAUUUAACCCCGCUACAGCGCCAAAUGGCGAGGCAUUCGACUGUCGCUACACGAAUACUGCCGCGAUAAGAAGCUGA